AUGGAUUAUGCUGUUUAGACAUCAUAGGUAGUGGUGGCGCUUUUUAUCUGUGGACCUGACUGCCAUGGAACUUGUGACACUCCUCCUCCACCUGUCUCCCAAGGGUGGAAUGACAAACAGAUGUGCCACCGCACUGAGAUGCUCUUGUUUAUCUUUCCACUUGGGCUCUUCAAACCACUCUUUCUUCCAGAGAAGCUAACGGGCGCCAGGCAGGAGCCCAGAGAAAGUUGGUUGGCCUCUCCUGAUUUUCCUGCCCUGCUCAUCCUGUUUCCCCUACUGGAAGAAGAGGCAGAGGAAAGAAUGAGACUGUCUCACAGUUGCCUGGGAUCUUACUUGGGUUUGAUCAUACUGUCGCCAUUUCAUGUUUUUUUUCUCGUAUGUCUGUUCUUUUUGAGACAGGGUCUCACUAGGUAGUUUGGACUGGCCUCAAAUUCAGAGAUCCGCCAGCCUCAAUCUUCUCAGUGCUGGGAUAGGAGGUGUGCACCACCAUGCCCACCCUUGAUAGUUUACUUGAAAUUGCUGUAAGUAAUGAGUCCAUUGAUAGGCAGUAGGUCUUAGAUCUCUUGGCCCAGAUAGCAGCAGCGAGCUAAAUGACUUGCCUAUGUGUGUAUCAUGUGUGCCAUUGUUACUUGUUUGCCUCUAGUUCUUUUCUAAUUGAGCCAUGCUGUGAUAAAUGGGGAGUUAUUCAGGAGCAGAGUCUCACAUGGUGCCUUUUCUAGCGUCCUGGUGCUGCUGUUCAGUGGAUUGGGAAAUCACCCGAGACCAGGUGGAAAGUACAAAUUUGAUCCUAGGCACAGCUGGUCUCUGGGGAGCAGAGUGCUUUCCAAGCUUUCAGUGACUCUGAUGCUCGAGCAGUUUGAGAACUAUACAGUGAGUUUCCUCUUCUAACACAGCUGCUCAAAAACUUACUAAGUGAGGCUAAUCCUCCCAACAUAGGGCAAAUUCCAAUGUAAAUGUUUCUCUGUAUGAAAUUUUUGGGGAAGAGUGCAGAGAUGAACUUCUUGUGUAUGCCAGAAACGGUAACAAACCAUCAUUUUGGCCCAGAUGUUUCACUUCUACCGGGCAACUUAAUAGGAACAGAUAUGUGCCCAAAAUCAGGCCAGGAAAUGGACAUCUUUUGACCUGGCUUCUCUUGGUAUUUAGUUGCUGUCAUGCGGUCCUUGAAGUCCAGGCACUGGCUUGCCACAGAAUAUGUCUGGUUUUUGAUUCCAUAUAUGAUCUAUGACUUCUAUGCCAUGUACCUCUGUGAGUGGUGCCGAACCAAAGACCAGAACCUCAGACGUGUCACCAUUAUCCGAAACUUCCUGAUUGAAAACCGCCUUAUGGUCACACAUCAUGCGGUCAUUCUGUUUUUCCUUGUACCUAUUUCACAGAAGCUCCGAGGAGAACUUGGAGACUUCUUUGUCGGAUGCAUCUUCACAGCAGAACUGAGUACUCCGUUUGUGUCACUGGGCAGAGUUCUGAUCCAGUUAAAGCAGCAGCAUACGCUUCUUUACAAGGUCAAUGGAAUCCUCACGGUGACCACCUUUCUGUUCUGCCGGAUCCUUCUUUUCCCGUUCAUGUACUGGUCCUAUGGCCAACAAAAAGGACUAAGCCUGCUCCAAGUGCCAUUUAAUAUCCCUUUACACUGCAACGUGGCCAAUGCCAUCCUCAUCUCUCCCCAGCUCUACUGGUUCUCACUGUUGUGCAAGAAGGCAGCCAGGCUCUUUGACACGGCCAAAGCCAAAAAGGAUGGUUAAUUACUCUCAGGGUCAGGCACUCACGCUCGCUGCCUUGUCUACUCAGUAUUCCAAGGACCAAAUCAUGCCUGGGGUAGUCUCUGCCUUCGGGAUGUUGAUAAGCCUCUGGAUUUGUGGUUUUCUUUUUUAAAUCCCCAUUACCUCCCCCUUCUAACCAGCCUUUUGCAAAAGCACUUUUUUUUGUUUUGUUUUGUUUUGUUUUGUUUUGUUUUGUUUUGUUUUGUUUUGUGGUGAUAACUUGGAUCCUGUCAAACCUCCACUGCAGUAAUUUUAAUGCAAGCCUAAGGAGCCCUCCUUGGGCCUGUGACAAGAGUUCUGGAAGGUGAAGCACUGCUCUCCCCCUUUCCACCCACUCAGGGCAACACCCAUACUGGGCCAGAAGCAAGUGACAACUUAGUUUUUGAAACAGUGUCAUUUUCCAAUACUAGGAAAGACAUUGUGGGUGUGUCUUUUACUGUUUACUAGGCAGCCCUUGUCCUCAUCCGUACAUCAACAACGAAUUCUCAUGCCUGCUGACUUCUAGUCAGAGGGUCUCACUGACAAAGGUCAGGAGGCAGGGCUGAGAACCUGAAGCACUUGAGUAGGUCAGGAGGCCAGCAGAGGCGCCAGCAUCUUUGCAGGCUGAUUUUGUAGAGACCAGUAUCAAACUUGUGAGCUUGUUGCAAGUCAUUACCUACACUAUUUCCUUUUUAGCACAGCCUCUCAUGACCAGUUUUCUCUGUCCACAUAGACAAAAAGCUGGUCUGAAACUCCAGGGACAAAGUGAAGUGAUGGCUUCUAUAGUCACUUACUGGGUAAUCCCAUAUGACACUGCCCUUUCAUACAAAAUGGAUACAGAUGUCUGCUCUCGAGCUUCUGAAGUAUCAUGUAGGCCAGUGCUGCAAGUGCUUCCUGCUAAGACAGACCCAUUUCUGUAUGGAAUGUACAGCCAUUUAGCCAUAGCAAGCUAGAGAACGGGGGAAGCCAGACAGGCCAGUGCAUGUCCUGUGGACCAAUGCUGUUAGCUGUGUGCAGUAGGAUGUGGUGUAGCACUGAUCACCCCUCACCACAGGCUGGGUUUGAGAGGACCUGCUGCCACCACCUCAGGUGGCAGCAAAAACACUACAGUGCCUUAUAAUUCACUAUCUGUGGACUUCUAAAGGACUGGAUGGUUUUGUCUCAAAUUUUGAGUUUCAGUCUUUAAUAGGUGCCAUUUAAAAAACAAAAAAAUGCUGUUUUGUGUUUUUUGUCCUGUUUACUGUCCCUGUAUCCACGAGUCAUCCACCUGGUGAUUAAAUUGCACUAAAUUCUCUA